AUGUCAAACAAAAUGCCUGGUGAUGAUCUGGCGAUCAUUUUCAGUACAACAACAAGAGGUGGUCACACAUACGAAAAUGAAGAAUAUGAACCCUUACAAGGACAAGGUAGUUUCGAAUCAAUAGAUAACGUACAUCAAUCCUCAAAUGGGUAUAGAAGACCGCGUACGGGAGAUGCAAAUGACGAGAAGGAUAAAGAGGAGGAAUUUACUGGGAACAAGGUAACGACAAGAUAUUACGAACAAUCUUCAAUAGAAGAAAAGGAUAUAGGUAUUGAGCUUCCGCCUGCUCGUCAGCCAACUGAAUAUAAAACCAAAUGGGAAAAAAUCUAUAAUGAAUACUUGAUUGUCGAUAAAUCUACUGCUGGUGUUUCAUUAUUAGAUUCCUUCAUGUUUAAUAAUGAUUUGAAACCUGUCGAAAAGAAAAGAAGAGUAUGGUCUUGGUAUAAUUUUUGUUAUUUUUGGUUAGCGGAAUGUUUCAACAUUAAUACUUGGCAAAUUGCCGCUACCGGGCUACAGCUGGGUUUAAAUUGGUGGCAGUGUUGGAUUACCAUUUGGAUCGGCUAUGGGUUUGUUGGUGUUUUUGUUGUUUUGGCAUCAAGAAUAGGGUCUGCAUAUCACCUUUCCUUCCCAAUCUCCUCAAGAGCAUCUUUCGGUGUUUUCUUUUCUUUAUGGCCUAUUAUCAAUCGUGUGGUCAUGGCUAUUGUUUGGUACUCCGUUCAAUCAUGGAUUGCAGUUGCUCCUGUAGCUUUAAUGUUAAGAUCAAUCUUUGGCAAAAAUUUACCUGACAGAAUACCCAACCAUUUCGGAUCUCCUAAUUCAACUACUUUUGAAUUCAUGUGUUUUUUCAUCUUUUGGGUAGUGGAAUUCCCGUUCUUAUUGAUUGAACCUCAUAAGGUAAGACAUUUGUUUACAGUUAAAGCUGCCUUAGUUCCCUUUGCGUCUUUUGGGUUCUUAAUUUGGUCUGUUAGGAAGGCUGGCGGUACCAUUGCUUUAGGUGCUUUAAAUUCAGAACAGCCAAAAGGUUCAGAAUUUUCUUGGGCAAUGCUAAGAUCAAUCAUGGGUUGUAUGGCAAAUUUCUCCACAAUGGUCAUCAAUGCACCGGAUUUUUCCAGGUUCGCUAAGACGAAACACUCAGCAUUAUGGUCUCAAUUAUUUUGUAUCCCAUUCCUUUUCUCAAUAACUUGUUUAGUCGGUAUUCUUGUCACCGCGGCAGGUUAUGAAUUAUACGGUGUUAAUUAUUGGUCACCAUUAGAUGUUUUAGAACAAUUUCUUGUUAGAUCAUACACUAAGGGAACCAGAGCAGGUGUCUUUUUAAUUUCAUUUGUUUUUGCUUUAGCUCAAUUAGGUACUAACAUUUCUGCAAACUCCCUAUCGUGUGGUACUGAUAUGUCCGCCUUGUUGCCUAAAUUUAUCAAUAUUAGACGUGGCUCUGUGUUUUGUGCAUUCAUGGCAUUAUGUAUUUGUCCAUGGAAUUUGAUGGCAACUUCAAGUAAGUUCACUAUGGCUUUAUCUGCAUAUGCUAUCUUCUUAUCAAGUAUUGCCGGUGUCGUUUGUGCUGAUUAUUUCGUCGUUAGAAGAGGUUAUAUUAAAUUAACACACGUUUAUUCUCAUCAAAAAGGAUCAUUUUAUAUGUAUGGUAACAAAUAUGGUAUUAAUUGGAGAGCUUUAGUAGGGUAUCUUUGUGGUGUCGCUCCAAAUUUGCCAGGGUUUAUUGGUGAAGUGGGUGCUCCAAAGAUUACCGUUUCAGACGGUGCUAUGAAACUGUAUUAUCUGAAUUAUUGGAUUGGCUAUGCAUUAAGUUUCCUCUCAUAUCUGGUGUUAUGUUAUUUCUUCCCUGUCCCAGGUGUCCCCGUUAAGAACUUCUUGACAGACAAAGGAUGGUUCCAACAUUGGACCAAUGUAGAAGAUUUUGAUCAUCAAUGGAGAAUGUCUCUCAAUAAGGAUGACCUCGCAGAUGAUACAAUCAGCAUUCAGGAAUAUGCUCAUGAAAAGACAUUUUUCUAG